UAUAUAAUUAUGGGGCAAAAAAAUUUGAUGUCUGUUACACAAUGUUUCCACAACAUGAAAUGAUAUAGUUAUAGUAUUAGUAAAAUCUUAGCGCAAGUUUCGUAAUAAACUAUACCGUUUUAUCCAAUCAAAUUCUUGUCUAACAUUUUGACCGGUAUGGUCGAGCGCGGGAACCGAGGUAAACAUGUCAACUGACAUGGGAAUCGUGGUGUUAUAAGUUAGAAACAGUUUUAAUAAGAGCGUUAUGGCAUCACAGGGAGAUUAUGCCGUCACCUCCCCGUCAGCAAUCCUUCAAAAGCUUUGUUGUAAAAUAACAGGACUGCCAGAUGACGCCGUUUUACCUUAUUAUCAGCUGUCUCUGCGUAUUAUAAGCAGUAAAUUUGCCCCAGCAAUCGAAACUGAUGAAUUUCAAGUCAGUGAGAAAAUAAAGAGACAAUUGGCUAGGAAAGGGAGAGAAAAGGAUGCUGCUAUAUUUUCUGAGCUGCAUAGAAAACUUAAAGCUCAGGGUGUUUUACAUAACAGAUGGGCAGUGUUACAUUUAUUAAUGACAUUAAGUGAUACUGGCAUUAAAAGACAACCAGCCCCUUCAUUCGACAGUUCCAUAUUUAACAAAGGUUUACCAGCGUAUGCCACGUCCACUCCCUUUCACCCUACUAUUAGAGCAAAUAAUCUUACUUUAUCUGGUAGCACAAUACUAAGUGGUGGUAGUAGUGGAAUAAGCAGUAUAAACAGUGGCCUUACCAAUAGUACAACACCAGUUGCACAGAGCUUCAUCCCAGGCAAUGCUGUUGUAUCUGUUCAAAAUAAUAGACAUGAAGACAAAAUCAACCAGAGACAAACUGUUGGAACAAAAUCUCAAACUAUCACAAAUAAAAACUUUGAAUCGGCAGUAGUUCCCAGAACACUGGGUACUGUUGUGUCAACUAAAACACCGGCUUCUCGUGAUAAGGAGAAUACAUCGUUUGAAAUUCCGGAAAAUGAAUUAUUGAAAGAUUUAAUGUUUGCUUUCCAAGGGAUAGAAGGACAAUGGAUCAAGUUCAAUAGUGCUAAAGAUGGUUACAGGAUUGAAUACCAAGCGGGAAUACCCAAAGCAGUACGACAGCUUAUUAGCAAACUAACUGAAUGUGGUUGGCUGUAUAACAAAAUUAAAAGUUAUAUCACAUCUUGGAGUUCUGACAAGGCUUUUGGCUUAGUGGGACAAAGUUUCUGUGCUGCCUUACAUCAAGAAUUAGCUGAAUAUUACAGAUUUAUUACUGUUAUGGAAGCACAAGUACAGCAUGAAUUUGAUCAAGGCAUUGGGCAUGUAAAUGGUGGACUAACAUUACGUCGUUUAGCUGUGUGGACUUUCGAUCCUUUAGUAAGACUGAAGGUUUUAGCGGCUUUAGUUGAUGUUUGUAAAGGAAAAAAAGGUGGUGCUUUAGCAUCUGCUAUUUAUUCUUACAUGCAACAUGGAGAUCCUUAUGUGAGGUCACUAAUAAGGCACACAUUAACUAUGGUUUUCCAACCCAUUUAUGCAACUCUAGUUCGCUGGAUAUAUGACGGGGAAUUAGAAGAUACCUACCAUGAGUUUUUUGUUGCAUCCGAUCCAACUGUUAAUAAUGAUAAGUUGUGGAAUGAUAAAUAUAGUUUGCGUAAAACUAUGAUACCAACUUGUUUAUCCAUUGAACAAGCUCGACGUAUUCUUUUAACAGGGAAAUCCAUCAACUUCUUGCGACAAGUCUGUGAAGACAGAACAGCUACGACCGGCAGAGAGGCAGCGAUGGAUUUAGAUAUAUCGCAAGCAGAGACAAUGUUUACCCAAGACGUUAAUAGUGCUUUUCAACAAAUGAUUGACACAGUUUAUAAAGAAACCAGCAGAAAUCUUCUUGAUGUUUUCCAUUCAAAAUAUAAAUUUCUGGACCAUCUAAAAGCUAUGAGAAGAUAUCUUCUCUUAGGACAAGGGGAUUUUAUCCGACAUUUGAUGGACUUGUUGGAAGAGGAUCUUGCUAAACCUGCUAGUAAUUUGUAUCUUCAUAAUUUGACAGGAAUAUUAGAAAUGGCCAUUAGAGCCACAAAUGCCCAAUAUGAUGAUUCUGACACAUUAAAGAGACUGGAUGUUCGUUUACUUGAGGUAUCCCCAGGAGAUACUGGAUGGGAUGUGUUUAGCCUUGAUUAUCAUGUUGAUGGUCCAAUCAAAACAGUUUUUACUCCAGAGAGUAUGAUAUUGUAUUUGAGAGUAUUUAACUUUUUAUGGAGAGCAAAGCGCAUGGAAUAUAUAUUGGCUAUGAUAUGGAAAAAUCAGAUUUCAUAUGCUAAAUCAUUAAAAUCAAUUCCUGAAUUAAAUAAAAUAUUACAUCAAUGUCAUAUUCUAGGUGCCGAGAUGGUGCAUUUUAUACAGCAAGUUCAAUAUUACAUAAACUUUGAGGUUUUAGAAUGUUCGUGGGAUGAGCUGUUAACUAAGGUACAUGGGGCUGAAGAUUUAGAUCACAUCAUUGCAGCCCAUCAAGUAUUUCAAGAUACAGUUAUAUCUCGAUGUUUGUUAGAUGAAAAAUCACGAGCCAUUUUGACUCAAUUACGAACAAUUUUUGAUUUGAUUAUUCAGUUUCAAACUGCUCAGCAUCAGUUUUACGAGUCAGCUGAACUAGAAGUGGCAUUCCGUGAUAAAUUUGAAAAAAUGAAAGAAAAACAUACGGAGGAGGGAGAUUGGGCUGUUACAGAAGUUGAAGUGGUUGAAGAACAGAAAAGAAAGGAAGAAUUUCUCAACACGGUUAUUCCAUCAACUUGGGCUCAAUUAACUGUAUUGUCUCAGUCUUAUCAAGAUAUGGUGCAACAAUUUCUUGUUAUGUUAACAUGCCAUCCUGAUGUAAACCUGCGUUUCUUAAGUUUCCGUCUAGAUUUUAAUGAAAAUUACAAGGCCCGCGCUCCUGAACAAUUUAAUAGUCCUUUAAUGUAUCAGAGGACAAAAAAAGUAACAAAAUAAACAAAUCAAUCUUAUAACAUGUCUUAAUAAUGCUGAACUGUUUUAUAUAUGAAAUGACUUUUCUCCAGCAAUCAACUAGACAUCUUAAAAUUGUAUAAACCAUGGAAAGUGAACUAAAUAUGUUGUAAUGAAAUUAUUUAUUUAAAAAUUUUAUCAAACUUAUUAUGAGAAAAAAAUAUUCAAAUCAAAAGAUGGAUGGCCAUGUCAACAAUUUGUAAAAAAAAAAAAAACCCCAAACAAUCUGUGAUUUUUAAGUUAUGGUUGGUCUCAGUUUACCCUAGCAUGUCAAGAGACAUUGUUGAUUGCAUUUAUUAAUGGAUAAACAUCUUAAAACCUA